AUGGAAUCUUCGGAUCAACUUUUGCCGGCUCCGCUGCGGUCAUCGCCGCGGACGCUGCGCCGUCGCAUUUCAAGCCAGGCUCACUCCACCCCCGCGAGCAAGAGCCAGCGCACCAAGUCACAGACCCCAAUCGCCAACGACCGGGUGCGCCGGCCCCUGCAGCUUGAAGAAGCCGGCGUGAUGGCCGGCCGUGACGAGUCCAUUCACAAUAAAUCUCCGACCGUGGCAAUGACGGCAGCCACCUCGAGUCAUGCACCGGCCCAGGCCAGCUCAAGCGCCUCCACCGCUUCCGUUUCCGCCGUGCUUCCCUCGCGCUCGGCUCAUCGCAGCCUUUCACUCUCGGACGUGGCCCAGCGGGCUCCUGCGCUUCCGGUCGUCGACCGCUUUAGUCCCCGCCGGCCCGAUCGACCCAAGCCACAACUCGCUUCCAAUGGCGAGGAAGCCCCUGCUGCGCACCGCCGCUUGGAAACCACCCCUGAUACGGUCGAGCCCCAAAAUGCAACCCCCGCCACGAAUCGCCCUCGCCGUCUCGGUCUCCGCUGCAACCUGACCAGCCUCUUUGAUGCCGCUGCAUCCACCGAAGACUCGUGUGAGCUGUCCACACGUGAUGCCGACCGCCGUCCUGUUCCUGUCCACGUAUCACACCGCAAUCAAAGUCAGCACCAGCCCACGCAAGCUCCGGCCGCAUCGCCCGUCAGGCAAGCCACCGCGGUGCCUCCGGCACUGCUGCAGCGCUUGGGCAGCAUGGCACACCUGGGCUACGAUGCGCAGCUCCAGUCUCCCGUCAUCAUUCGCAACUAUGCAACCACCCAUCAGGGUGUUGACCCUCGAUUCCUCCACGAGGUUCAGAUGCUGCGCGAGGUCAAGCACCCCAAUUUGCUGACAGGGCUGCAGAUCUAUACCCAGGCCGAUGCGGCUUACAUCUCCUUACCCAUCGUCGACUACGACCUCAGUGAAGCCAUCUCUCUGAUCCACCAUCCUGGUCGGGAGUGGUGCCAACAAAGCCACGUCUUGGCUGAUCAUUACCUCCAUCAGAUCCUGGCCGGCCUUGCGCAUCUUCACGAGCGCCUCAUCGUUCACAGCGAUCUGCGGCCCGAAACCAUCCGUGUAAGCUGCACGCACCAUGUGCGGAUCGGAGGCCUGGCCGCUGCUCAACGCUUACCAACCGCACAAAGUUGGCCCCUUGGCCUCAACAAACACACGUUGUUUCCCCUGGACUCGCAAAUUGCUCAGCUGUUUGCCAUCUUCCGCUGCCUGGGCACCCCAACAUCCGAGGGAUUGCUGCGGUUGGAUCCGGCGCAACGCGCCUCGGCUCGUGAGCUGCUUCGCUCUUUGAGCGAUGUUGUACCCGAGGAGCUUCAAGUGGCUAAUUUUGCCGAGCACAUGCGCUUUCGAGCCGCCCGCGCAGCCGGCCCCAUGCUCUCGGCUCACUGA